GCCUGCGUCGGAACCUGUCCUUAUACCGCUCCCGGGGAACGGUAUGCAGCUAGACGACCAGCUGAUGAGUGUGUUCUGCAGGUCCUGCAAGAUUCCUGCACGACAAGUCAGAAAAAACCUGCCAUUGAAUAUCGUGCAUGUACUUAGUCCUCUGCAUCAUCCAAAGGAUUCGCCAAAGGAGCCACGGCCCCCCCCAUUGACUGGAUGUGAGCUUGUGAAGAUCGUUCUGCCCGCAAUCUUUUCCCUCCCGCAAACCAGACGGGAAACGUUCUCAACGAUGGGACCCGACCCCCUUGGCGCUGCCGUUCCGAUUCUCCGGUGCGGCGGUGCCGUCGAACCAGAAAAAGGCACAGGUUCUGGUGCCGACAGACUCUCCAAUGACGAAAUCUCGAUAGGCAGAUGCAGAGUCGCCAAAGUGGGACAGAGGUGGAUGCUUGAUCCAUACUUGGAGUCUGAACAGGGAAGCCUGGCAAAGAGCCUCCAAUAUCAAAAAAAAAAGGCGCGUGUUCUUGAUUUAGGUCCGCCCCAGAGAAAUCCCGCAGGGAGUCGAGUAGCCAAAGUCAAUUGGACAUGGCCUUUCCCAACACGGAGGAUCACCGUUGAACGAAGUUUGAAUUUCGGUGUGAUUCGCGUGCCAUCGUAACCAUCACAAUCAACCUCAUCACUGUUCCGUUGCUAGUUGGUAGGGGCAGAAGUCAGAUAGAUCCUGGUCCGUCAUCUCGCAAGUACGAGUGCCCCAGUACAGAAAACAAUCAAGGUAGGACAGACUCCAGAGAGGGUGGUAGAUGUGGGAACGAACUGCGCGCCAGUGUCAUCGGAAUCAAGGUUUUGCUCCGGGGACCCCUAAAGCAAAGCUCUGUGGUUGCCCGAUCUGUCUCGCAUGCGACUCUGAGCGGGAACAGGAGCCAAUAUGUGGUCGUAUUGGUAGGG